UCCGAGUCAGCGCCUGCACGCGAAGAGGAAACCCGGAAAAGCAGCUCGGGAAUGAAACAAAGAUAUAGGUUUAUAUCUUCCACAGGAUUUUAGAACGGUUUAAAAAAUAGUAAUAAAAAUAAAAAGGUGGCAAGUGGGAGAUUGGAGCGGACGGGAUGGCGUCUUGUCACACGCGCCGCGCAGAGGAAAGCCCCCAAGAUGGCGAUGCUGGCAGAGCCCCGUAGAAGACAGAAGUGGUCUGUGGAUCCACGAAACAGUGCUUGGAGUAAAGACGAAUCUAAAUUUGGACAGAAGAUGCUGGAAAAGAUGGGCUGGUCCAAAGGAAAGGGUCUUGGAGCUCAGGAGCAAGGAAAUACAGAACAUAUCAAGGUUCAAGUGAAAAACAACAUGCUGGGGUUAGGAGCAUCCAUCAAGUACGAGGACAACUGGAUUGCUCAUCAGGAUGACUUCAACCAGCUCCUGGCUGAACUGAAUGAUUGCCAUGGACAGGGUGAAACAGAAUCCUCAGUGACUAAUCAGAAGAAAACAUUUAAUCUUGAGGAAAAAUCAAAAUCCUCUAAGAAGCGUGUCCACUAUAUGAAGUUUGCAAAAGGUAAGGAUCUCUCAUUGCGCAGUGAGGAUGACCUGUCCUGCAUCUUUGGGAAGCGACAGAAGAGUGUGAAGACACAGGACGAGGCUACUGAUGCUGAGUCUCAAGAAGAGAAGCGUGGAAGCUCUUGGCUCUCUGAGUCUACAGACAGUGUCAAUACUGUGAAGAGUGUUCUCACUGUCCAGGAAUAUUUUGCCAAGCGCAUGGCAAAACUGAAAGGAUCCCAGAACGAAGCAGAAACAAAGUUAGAUGGUUGCUGCCCCACAGCAGAAGCAGCCUUGGAGAUUUCAGAAGAACUGAAAACUAAAGCCAAGAAGAAAAAGAAGAAGCAGAAGAGAGAUGAGGCAGAGAGUACAGAGCACUGUGAGAAACCACAAGGGAAAAAGUGUAAGAUAAGUAGUUUGAAUGGGAAGGAACUGGAUGCUCCUUUAAAUGAAUGUCACUCGAGGAAAAAGAAAAGGAAACAUAAGGAGCAGCGUGAUGGGGAAAGCAUUAGUUGUGAUGAAAAUAUGGGUGAUGGAGAAAUUUAUAUGGGAGUAUCUGAUGGGGAAGAUCUCAGCGUUGAGGACUCUGAGGCAAUGCAAAAGAAACGCCGUAAGAAGAAGCACAAAAAGCAAAAAGAGGAGACAGAGGAGUGCACUGAAGGGACGCAGAGAAAGAAAAAGAAGUGCUGCAAGUAGGUUUAACUGUUUGUGAGUCAAACUGAGACAGUGAGGUGAUUUGAACUUUAUCAUGCUUGAUGAGGAGCCUACGUAAGCACCAGCCAGACAUCGUGUUGUAAUUAAGUCCUGAGUACACCUGAGCUCUUCAUCCAACUGAAACCACAGAUUGUGUUUAAAUAUAGCUCCUACAAUGGGGCUGAGAACACUGGGACAGGCCAACAUGAGCUUCAGUGCCAUUUAAAAUGUAUCCACAUAUGGGGCCAAGACUUGCAUGGCUACAAAUCAUACAAUCACAGAAUGGCUUGGAUUGGAAGGAACCUCUAGGAUCACGAAGCUCCAACCCCCUGCCACAUGCAGGGCCACCAACCUCCACAUUUC